GAGCGGAUCAGCUCGGAUGUGUGCGACGAAGAGAUCUCGGCAGCUCAGGCCCAUGGGGCGAGAGCGAUGUCUGUGCCCGCCCUGCGUGCCCUAGCGCUUCACACGAUGGCGUCUUUAUGGAAUACUGCCCUGGUGCUCGGGAUGUGCGUGUGGACGGUGUGGGACCACGUGGGUGCCCUCCCCAACAAACUCAAAAUUGGUGUGCUUUUCACGGAAGACGAGCGUGAGAGUCCAACGGAACUGGCUUUUAAAUAUGCAGUGUAUCGUAUUAACAAGGAUCGGACGCUGUUACCCAAUACGACCUUAGUCUAUGAUAUCCAAUACGUACCCAAGGAUGAUAGUUUCCAUGCAGCAAAAAAAGCCUGUCAACAGGUGAGUGGCGGAGCGAACGCGCUCUUCGGUCCUCAGGAGCCCCUUCUGAGCAGUCAAGUUCAGAGCGUGUGCGACGCCCUCGACAUUCCGCACGUGGAGUCCAGAAUCGGCAUCCUGGAACCUGAACAGAAAGAAUUCUCGAUCAACCUCCACCCUGGCCCUCGAAUCGUAGGAGCCGCCAUUCGGGACCUUAUUCACUACCUCAACUGGACGCGAGUUGCUAUCCUCUACGAAGAGGACCUCUCGUUGAUAAGCUUACAAGAGCUUAUUCGACCACCUGUGCCGCGAGACCUGCAACUGAUCUUCAGAAAGACAAGUGUGGAGACCUUUCGUGAUACCCUCAAAGACGUACGGAGUAGGGGGAUCUUCAGCAUCGUCGUGGACACUCGGCCGCAAAACCUUCCCCACCUUCUGCAAGCAAUUCUCCAAAUUCAAAUGAAUGACUAUAAAUAUUACUACCACUUCACUACAUUUGAUCUGGAAACUUACAAUCUGGAAGAUUUCAAGUACAACUUCGUAAAUAUGACGUCUUUUCGGUUAACAGACAACGAGCAACAAUGGGUGCGGCAGGCUCUCAAGGAAAUGGAAAAGUUUCAGCCGGUGGGGCAACACAUACUCAACAGAACUAACAUCAUCAAGGUCGAGCCAGCUUUGAUGUUCGAUUCAGUGUACGCCCUUGCGAGAGGUCUUCACGCAUUGCAACAAGGAACUGAUUUACGUCCAGCGAAUGUAUCGUGCGAGGAGGAAUUGCCAUGGACUGAUGGAUCCAGCCUGUUUAACUACAUCAAUUCGGCAGAGUUUUUAGGUCUGACGGGUAAAAUACAGUUUAAAGAAAGUAGAAGAAGCAGUGUGAAAUUCGAUCUUUUAAAACUCAGGGAGACAAAUCUUGAAAAAGUUGGCGAGUGGACAACAGCUGGCGGACUGAACAUCACGAAUCACAUGGCUUUUCACGAAUUCGGGACAACCAACAUAAGUCUUAAAGUGACAACGAUUGAAUCGACGCCGUACGUGAUGGUGCGGGCGGACCGCAACCUGACCGGCAACGACCGCUUCGAGGGCUUCUGCAUCGACCUGCUCAAAACGAUCGCGGACCUCAUCGGGUUCAGCUACGAACUCUACAUCGUGCCGGACAAGAAGUUCGGAGCAGAGAACACUACCACCGGGGAAUGGAACGGGCUCGUCCGGGAGAUCAUCGACAAGAACGCCGACUUGGCCAUGGCUCCAAUGACCAUCAACUACGCCAGAGAAAGUGUCAUCGACUUCACGAAGCCCUACAUGAACCUGGGCAUCGGCAUCCUUUUCAAGCUGCCCAAAUCGCUGCCCUCGCGCCUCUUCUCGUUCAUGAGCCCCCUGGCGGUGGACAUUUGGCUGUACGUGCUGGCCGCCUACGCCCUCGUGAGCCUCUGCAUGUUCAUCGUGGCCCGGUUCAGCCCUUACGAGUGGCAGAGCCCCCCUUCCUACUGGCCCGGCGGGGAGACGGACGUCGUCGAGAACCAGUUCAGCCUCGCCAACAGCUUUUGGUUCACUAUCGUUACCCUGAUGCAUCAGGGCUGCGAUCUGAACCCGAAGGCGACGUCGACGCGCAUCAUCGGCGCCAUCUGGUGGUUUUUCACGCUGAUCAUGAUCUCGUCGUAUACGGCCAAUCUGGCGGCCUUCUUGACCGUCGAGCGGAUGAUCACACCCAUCGAGAGUGUCGAAGAUCUGGCUGAGCAGAACAAGAUCGCCUACGGAACACUGGAGGGAGGGUCCACCAUGACCUUUUUCAGGGACUCAAAAAUUGAGACGUACCAAAAAAUGUGGCGGUUCAUGGAAAACCGUCCGUCCGUAUUUGUGAGUUCGUACGAGGAUGGGGUGAGUCGUGUUCUAGAAGGGAAUUACGCCUUCCUCAUGGAGUCCACCAUCCUCGACUACAGCGUACAGAGAGAUUGCAACCUCACACAGGUGGGAGGACUCCUUGAUUCCAAAGGAUACGGCAUCGCGACGCCUAUGGGUUCUCCUUGGAGAGACAAAAUUUCACUAGCCAUCCUGGAUCUCCAGGAGAAAGGCGUCAUCCAGAUGCUGUACAACAAGUGGUGGAAGAGUUCUGGUGUCUCGUGCGCCCGCGAGGACAAAAACAAGGAGGGAAAAGCCAACUCUUUAGGAGUGGGCAACAUUGGAGGAGUGUUCGUGGUGCUUCUGUGCGGACUAGCCGUUGCUGUCGUUGCAGCAGUCGUGGAGUUUUUCUGGAAUUCUCGCAAGCAUGCGCAGACGGAAAGACAGUCGCUGUGCUCCGAGAUGGCAGAAGAGCUGCGCUUCGCCGUCAAGUGCCGGGCCAGCAGGCAGCGUCCGGCCCUCCGGCGCCAGUGCUCCAAGUGCAUCCCGGGCACCACCUACGUGCCCGCCGCCCUGGAGGUGCCCCAGGAGAACGGCGGCGUCCUGGCUGAGGUGCGCAAGAGCCCCUGCGACGGCGACUCCUAGUUCCACAAGUGCCAGCAUCGACACUCCACCCACCCCGCGCAGCACUCGCACGACCCCUGAACGACCCUCGAGCACUUAGCAAAAACAAUCACAAACUCUGCUCUCAUCAGUGUCCGAGUCUGCGGCGGCGGAUGGAAACAAACCAAGCUGUCCAAUUCGCAUUCCGAAAGAAGUGAUACUCCCCCGUGAUACUAAUUACCUAACUCAGAGGUCUCCAAUCCGCAUCCCGUGAACAGAUUUUGUCCGAGCCUGCGGGAAGUUUACUAACUGCAAAAAACUUUUUCUCUAUUUGAUAAUCGAUUUACCUUUAAGGAUUGUUAAAGAAAACUAAGCCCAGAAAAUCUCAUAAAACACACUGAAAGCUUAGUUAAAGAAAAUAAAAAUCGCGGGCAUAACAGGGUGGGGGGGGAGCUUACUGGACCACCUGAACUGAAAUAUUGUAGGUUUGUUGGUCCACUACGCCUCCAAAAAUUUGCAAUGUUAACUCUUGGGUCAAAAGGUUGGAGACCCCUGGCCUAACGCAUUUCGCUCAAAAAGUGGUAGUCAAAUGGACUAAGCGGCAGUGCCAUCUUUAGAUGGCGUUGCUAUGGUAAUGGGUCCCAACAAUUUAAACAACUAGAAUAUUUUACGUGGCUCGCCUAGUGAAAAAAUAUCGUCUGAUGUUAAAAGGGCUUUUAUUCAGAAAAAUAUGAACGAAGAUAAAUAGAUUUAUUCUGUUGCUGAAUGUUUUUUAUUUCUCUUUUGCUUUCAUUUAAUCUUAUAUUUUUAACUUUCAAUUGUGUAAAGAUUUAAAAUAUAUUUUAAUAUUACAAUUUAAGCUGUAAUUUCAUCCUCAGGUGUUUCAUAAUUCUCCGAUGCUAAUUUUUAAUAUACCCGGUUGAUGACGGUAUAUAACUUGGUCGAUUUGGCUGCCAUUUUUCCCUAUGUUGAAAACGACAAAGAGAUAGGCCUUUAGUAUCAUGGGGGUAGCAGUUAAAGGCGUCAACAAAAAGUACAGAAAUUGAUUGCGGAGAUUUUCGGUUAUGAAGAUUUUUGUCAUCUCGUUACGUUUUCCUUAUUCAGCUCCGAGAAAUUUCGCUCCUCGUUGCCGCCGUGGUUGAUCGCUCACACAAAACCUUCAUUAAAGCUUGCUUAAAGAAAGUGCUACUCACACAAAACGCGAAGUGCUGGGGUUGCCACACAGAUGAUACCUCUCCUCAGGGUUGCCACAUUGAAAAUUAUUGCCACUUGGAAAUGUUAUCAUUGAAAGUUGUUGCCACUUGUACAAGAGCCACUAUAUGUAAGACAGACCGACGCAUCAGCUUAAGGUGAGCUAUGUUGAAUCGGAUUUCCAUUGUUACGGAGCUAGGAUUACCAGAACAAAGUUCCUGGUUAUUGCCAAACUUCACCAGAUUAGUCAACGUUUGAAAGCUUAUGUAUCCGAAUAUUGUUACAGAUUUUCAUAACAGAUAACUCUCCAGAAAAGACAACCCAUAGAGUAAAGAAAUUACAUAGAGAGGUCCCAUUAUACUAAGAAAUUGAAGUCGGAAGUUGCACCACUGUAUCCCAAGAUCCUUAGCUUCUUGCUAAAUAUCUUAAGAUGCAUUUUGAUUCAAAACAUUCCAUUACUGAAUCUCAAUUGGUUGUUAAUUUAAAUUUAGAUAUUGCUGCAAGUUUCUGAAGCACGUUUUUGAAAUUGCAUAAAACAUGAAUUAAAAUGCAAACAAAUCCGCCAGCUACUUUAUUCGGUGGUCUUGCGAGAUUGGUGAAAACAGUUCUAGCGAAGCGAUUAUGUUAUCAUAACCCCGAUCAUCAUUGCACCGCUGUAUCACAUAAUUCCGGCUUCAAUUUCAUCUCCUUUUCACCAUAGACGGGGCCUCUCUAUGUAAAUUUCUUACUCUCUGAGACAACCACUCAAACACGCGUUCCGAUCCAAAAUGGCUCAUCUUAAGCUGAUGCUUUGACUCGCCCAUAUAGUCGACUUAACUUGGACGCAACGUGACUAAAUUGACAAAAACUUUCAAAACCGAAAUUUUCCCCACUGGUUGAUGCGGUUUCUGUGCCGGCUCAGAAUUUUUACCCAACAAAGAUGUAAGUAGAUCGUUUUAUUAUGGAUGUAUUUUCAAGAGUGAGUGUAAAGAUCUUGGAAGUGAUUAUAAAAUUAACUUUUAUUGACCGUCUUUAAUCCACAACUCAAAACUAGAAUCUCCUCGAUCGACUUAAUCCAUCCUCUUCUGAUUCUGCUGUGACUUCAAAGCGUGAAGAAUAUGUACAAAUGUUCCAUAUUUUAUGUGGAUUUAAUUCAAGAGUUGUAGCAAUUUAGAUUCUACUGACGUAACAGGACCAAUGUUUAAAACAAAGCGUAAGCAAUAAUAAAAGGAAAUACGAAAUUGGUUUUUUAACAAAACAAGUAAUGAGUUUUUAAGACACUGUUUUCUUGCAUUUACACUCA